AACGCUAAAACCCUCUCGGCGGCGGCGGCAGCGGGUGCUACCAGCGGAAGCUCCCGGCGCUCUUCUCCGCGAAGGAAAAGGGGGAAUACAGACAGAAGCUGGCUCCGAUGGACAGCGGAAGCGACUCCGAGAGCGCCCCCGAGGAGCUCACCGCCGUCCAGGGUGUUGAGAAGCACGAAGAGAUCAGUAAAGUUGAGAAGGACAGUGUCAUCAGAGUAACACGGGAGGGAAAGGAGCGGAGAAAACGUUGGGCCAAACGGAGAACAUCAUCUAAACCAGAUAAGCAGGCACCACAAGAAAUAGAAGAUCAAGAUGCCCACCAGAGCGAGGAGAAUGAGACACAUACUAUGCCUGGCAUGCUCCCCAGUAGUGUAAUUGAAAUGCUAGCAGCACGUGAGAAGCAAACCUUCUCCUCCGACUCUGAGGAAGAAAAUGUUCAGAAGGUUCAGAAAAAGAAGAAGAGAAUGAAAACUUCUGGGCCUGAAACUAUUCUACUGAAGGAUGUCCGGUCAACUCAACAAGUGAAGAAUGCCCUUGAUUUCUUGGAGCAAAGGAAAAACCAGGUGCCAAGAUCGAAUGCAGUUUUGAAGAAUGCCAAUAAGGCUUUGCGUCUCCUUUCUUCAAAAGGAAAUUUUCUGAGUUAAGAGUGUUAGAAUAGCACAUUAUCUGAAUCUGUCUGUAGACAUUUCAACAGCUGAUAUGGUCAAGAGACUCAUAAUCAGUGUGUCUGAAAGGAAUCGAUUUGGCAUGUGAGAUGUGACGCAGAAUAUCCGUAGUGCUCAUGUUCCUAGUAACAAAUCCAAGGUCUGUAUGGUUCAUUGUGUGAGUUUUAGUUAUCUAUUUUUACGGAUCUUGUGUUGCAAAUUUAUAAUACAAAAUCAUGAAAGAUUUCAAAAUUUUGAUGACCAUGUAACACCUA